CUCUUCGCCGGGGUCCCCCCGCCUGUCAGCUUCCUCCAGCCUGUCCUCCCGGGGUGUCCCCCCCCCAGCCCAGCGGCCGCCGCGGCACGAUCAAAGCGGGCGUAGUGGAGAGAAGCAGACAUUUUGACAAAAUUAGAUCAUGGCAACUAUCGAAGAAAUUGCACAUCAAAUUAUUGAACAACAGAUGAGUGAGAUUGUUACAGAGCAGCAAACUGGGCAGAAAAUCCAGAUUGUGACAGCACUUGAUCAUAAUGCACAAGGCAAGCAGUUCAUUCUGACGAAUCAUGAUGGCUCAACUCCUCCAAGCAAGGUCAUUCUGGCCAGACAAGAUUCCACUCCAGGAAAAGUUUUCCUCACAACUCCAGAUGCAGCAGGUGUCAACCAGUUGUAUUUUGCAACUCCUGAUCUGUCUGCUCCACACCUCCAGCUCUUAACAGAUAAUUCUUCUCCAGACCAGGGACCAAAUAAGGUUUUUGAUCUUUGUGUAGUAUGUGGAGACAAAGCAUCAGGGCGUCAUUAUGGAGCAGUAACUUGUGAAGGUUGCAAAGGAUUUUUUAAAAGAAGCAUCCGAAAAAAUUUAGUAUAUUCAUGUCGGGGAUCAAAGGACUGUAUCAUUAAUAAACACCAUCGGAACCGUUGUCAGUACUGCAGGCUACAGAGAUGUAUUGCGUUUGGAAUGAAACAAGACUCUGUUCAGUGUGAAAGAAAACCCAUUGAAGUGUCCCGAGAAAAAUCUUCUAACUGUGCAGCUUCAACAGAGAAAAUCUACAUCCGAAAAGACCUUCGAAGUCCAUUAGCUGCAACUCCAACUUUCGUAACAGAUAGUGAAGCUGCAAGGUCAACAGGACUGUUGGAUUCAGGAAUGUUUGUGAAUAUUCAUCAGUCUGGAAUCAAAACUGAGUCAGCUCUGCUGAUGACAUCAGAUAAGGCUGAAUCAUGUCAGGGAGAUUUGAGUACAUUGGCCAGUGUGGUCACAUCAUUAGCAAGUCUUGGAAAAGCUAAAGACCUUUCUCAAAACAAUAGUGAAAUGCCUAUGAUGGAAAGCUUGAGCAAUGGUGAUACGUCUUUGUGUGAAUUUCAGCAGGAAAUGCAGACCAAUGGUGAUGUUUCAAGGGCAUUUGACACUCUUGCAAAAGCAUUGAAUCCUGGAGAGAGCACAGCCUGUCAGAGCUCAGUAGAGGGCAUGGAAGGAAGCGUACACCUAAUUGCUGGAGAUUCAAGCAUUAAUUACAUCGAAAAAGAGGGGCCACUUCUCAGCGAUUCACAUGUAGCUUUCAGGGUAUUUCUAUAUAUUUUUAAAGUUUUGUGUUUGUUAUCAUUUGCUUUUGAUCUUCCUUCCAGAUAAUCAAAGUAUGUUUGUUAUGCUUUCAUAGUCACAGAUAACCCUGGUAGAAUUUCAAAGCUGAAACUAAAACAUUCAUGUCCUGCUGUAGAAGAUAAUGACUCAAUAGAGCAUCCUGUUUAUAAGUUGUGGUAGCAAUGAGUGGGUUUAAGCCUAAAGUUAGCUUUUAGAACUAUUUAAACAUAGUUGAGUGUUUUUCUUUUUAACUUUGAGCAUGGGCAUUCAUGAUGAGUUUCAGUGCACUGCUUUUGUUCAGUGCCUGACUACUACUACUUUAGUGUAAGUCAAUACCUACAACCCAGAUACUUUGCUCUUACCUUAUUAAUAACAAAGAACAUGUGUUACGUACCACCCCACCUUGUUUGGGUAGCGUUCAGCAUUACCCUAAGAAGGUACAAAAUUUUAACUUUUGGUUUUUAACUUUAUACUUUUUAACCAUUUUAGAA